AUGGAUACAGAUUUAUACGAUGAGUUUGGAAACUAUAUUGGACCGGAUCUUUUAUCAGAUGAGGAAGUGGAGGACGAUGCGGAUAGUGGUGAUUUUAAUGAAGAUGUAGAGCAUAAUGCUGAAAAUUACAGUGAAAUGAAUGGUGAUGCACAUGAGGAAAGUUUAGCUGUCGUUCUUCAUGAAGACAAGAAGUAUUAUCCGAGUGCAUUAGAAGUUUAUGGUCCUGAAGUUGAAACUUUAGUGCAAGAAGAGGACGCUCAGCCAUUAACACAACCACUAAUAGAACCUGUUCGACGCAAAAAGUUUGCUUACACUGAAAUAUCAAUCCCAGCAACAACUUAUGACCCAGAAUUUUUAGCUGAUCUUAUGGACUGUCCGGAACUGAUUCGAAAUGUUGUUCUUUGUGGACACCUGCAUCAUGGCAAGACUUCAUUUGUGGAUUGUUUGAUGGAAUUGACGCAUCGUGACAUUGAGGCAAAAGAAGACAAAGAUCUUAGGUACACUGAUUUCCUGCUUAUGGAAGUGGAAAGGGGACUUAGCAUAAAAUCCACUCCUGUUUCUCUGGUACUUCGCAACAUGCAAGAAAAGUCAUACUUGUUUAACAUUCUGGAUACACCAGGUCAUGUCAACUUUUCCGAUGAAGUAACUGCUGCCUUUCGACUUGCUGAUGGAAUUUGUUUGUUGGUGGAUGUCAGCGAAGGUGUACUACUGAACACUGAGCGUAUCCUAAAGCAUGCUUUACAAGAGCGACUACCAGUAACUCUAUGCAUCAAUAAGAUAGAUCGUCUCAUAAUCGAAUUAAAAUUACCGCCAAUGGAUGCCUAUUACAAGAUAAAGCAUAUCAUUGACGAAGUGAAUUCAAUACUUUUAACUUACUCUGAGGGUGCAGGUAUUGUAAAUGACACUCAACCCGUUGUUAGUCCGUUACUGGGUAAUGUGUGUUUUGCAAGUACUUACUACCGCUUUUGCUUCACUUUGGAAUCAUUUGCCAAAAUAUAUAUGGAUACAUUUGCUAGUGGGAUGGAUUACAAAGAAUUCGCUGAACGUUUAUGGGGUGAUAUCUAUUUUAAUCCUAAAACACGACGAUUUCAGAAACGUCCGCCAACUCCGAAUUCACAAAGAACUUUUGUGGAUUUUAUUCUUGAACCCUUGUACAAGAUUUUCGCUCAAACUGUGGGUGACGUUGAUAAUUGCCUUCCGACGUUGUGUACAGAAUUGGGUAUCUACCUGACAAAGUGCGAGAUGAAGUUAAACAUACGCCCUCUCCUCCGAUUGAUUUUCAAACGGUUUUUCGGCGAUUUCUCUGGUUUUGUCCAUAUGUGUGUUGAUCAUAUACCAAGUCCAGUACGUUCGGCUUUAAUCAAGGUGGAAUCAGCGUACACUGGCACACUUGACAAUGACCUGACACAUGCUAUGCUUAAAUGUGAUGUUGAUCAUGAACAGGUUGUAGUUCAUACCACUAAGCUGUAUCCCGAUCAAGAGGCUAUCUCUUUCCAUGUUUUUGGACGUGUAAUGUGUGGCACUUUAUUUGCUGACCAAACCGUUCGUGUCUUGGGAGAAAAUUACACACUUUCUGAUGAAGAAGAUUCCCGAACAGCCACAGUUGGUCGUCUGUGGGUAUCUAUAGCCCGUUACCAACUAGAGGUAAAUCGCGUUCCGGCUGGUAAUUGGGUUCUGAUUGAAGGUGUGGAUCACCCUGUUGUAAAAACCGCUACCUUGACAUCAAUAGAUGCUCGUGAGGCACAUAUAUUUAGACCUCUUAAUUUCAACACUUCUUCAGUCGUUAAAAUCGCACUGUUGGAUGGCCUUCGAAAAGUCAAUAAAAGUUACCCUCUUCUAACAACCAAAGUUGAAGAAUCUGGUGAACGUGUGAUUCGGGGUACCGGGGAAUUGUAUUUAGAUUGUGUUAUGCAUGACUUGCGCAAGCUUUAUUCGGAUAUCGACGUGAAGGUUGCUGAUCCUGUGGUAGCUUUCUGUGAAACAGUUGUAGAAACGUCUUCCUUGAAGUGCUUUGCAGAAACACCGAAUAAAAAAAAUAAGUUGACUAUGAUUGCAGAACCACUGGACAAAGGUUUAGCCGAAGACAUUGAAAAUAAAAUUGUCCAAAUUUCUUGGCCGAAAAAACGCCUUGGUGACUAUUUCCAGAAGAAAUACGACUGGGAUUUGCUUGCUUCCAGAUCUAUAUGGGCUUUCGGACCAGAUGCGGCUGGUCCAAAUGUGCUGAUGGAUGAUACUCUGCCAUCUGAAGUUGAUAAGAACCUACUGCUAACUGUUAAAGACUACAUUGUUCAGGGUUUCCAAUGGGGUACACGAGAAGGUCCACUUUGCGAUGAACCAAUUCGGAAUGUGAAAUUUAAAAUACUGGAUGCCCUUAUAUCCGGUGAGGCGCAUCAGCGAGGUUCUGGACAAAUAAUCCCAACUGCCCGUCGAGUGGCUUACUCUGCUUUUCUUAUGGCAACACCUCGUUUGAUGGAACCUUAUUAUUUGGUUGAGGUUCAGGCACCAGCAGAUUGUGUUUCAGCAGUGUAUACCGUACUUGCUCGUCGUCGUGGCCAUGUAACCCAUGAUGCACCCAUAUCUGGAUCUCCAUUGUAUGUUAUUCGUGCAUUUUUACCUGUUAUCGAUUCAUUCGGCUUUGAAACAGAUCUCAGAACCCAUGCUCAAGGUCAGGCCUUUUGUAUGCUUAUCUUCAAUCACUGGCAGAUGGUUCCAGGAGAUCCUCUUGACCGCUCAGUUCAGAUACAACCUUUGGUUCCACAACCUGCCACUCAUUUGGCACGAGAGUUUAUGAUCAAGACUCGUAGACGAAAGGGUUUGAAUGAAGAUGUCAGUAUCAACAAAUUCUUGAUGAUCCGAUGUUAUUAG